UUAUUUAUUUAUGAAAUUUUAUAGCAUAUUAUGGAAUGAAUCAUAAUUAAGCAGUUAUUUAAAGAAAUUUUUGAAUUUCUGCACAGUGCACUUCAGAGGAAACAGUUGUACAUCUUGAGUUUUUUGUGACUUUCUAACAGAACAUAAGUUCUACAUUGACUUAACAAUUUCUGUGGUGGUGAUCUCAGGGAAUUUGCGCAUUGAAUGCUGGUAAUUUUCUACAAAUUUAUCGCCCCUGUGGAACAGAUUUGAAUAAUGGCGAACGUUAUGCCACCAACUAAUCAGCAUAUGCCCUCAUCAGGGCACAAAUAUUCUGCUGGUAAUGGACCAAGCAGACAACCUUCUGCAAACUCAGUUCAAGGUUCUCGUCAACAGAACAAUAAGCCUGUUGCUAACUCUCACCCUCAAUCUGGCAAAGUUGGGGAAGGAGAAGAUUGGAAAUCAAAUUUACAUUUGCCACCAAAAGACAGAAGAAAGAAAACUACUGACGUUACAGCGACUAAAGGAAAUGAAUUUGAAGACUUCUGUCUCCAGCGAGAAUUAUUGAUGGGUAUUUUUGAAAAAGGCUGGGAGAAACCUUCACCCAUUCAGGAAGAAAGCAUUCCUAUCGCAUUAUCUGGUCGAGAUAUUUUAGCAAGAGCUAAAAAUGGCACUGGAAAAUCUGGUGCCUAUCUGAUUCCUUUGUUGGAAAAAUGUGAUAUGUCUAAAGAUUAUGUUCAAGCCAUGGUUUUGGUGCCAACACGUGAACUGGCAUUGCAAACAUCACAAAUUGCCAUUGAAAUGAGCAGGCACAUGGGAAAUUUAAAUGUGAUGGCCACAACUGGAGGAACCAACUUAAGAGAUGAUAUUCUCAGACUUGAAAGCAAUGUCCAUGUUAUCAUUGCCACUCCUGGAAGAAUUUUGGAUCUAAUGGGUAAAGGAAUUGCUAAAGUUGACCACUGCAACAUAAUGGUAUUGGAUGAGGCUGAUAAACUACUUUCACAAGAUUUCAAACGCAUGGUCGAUGAUAUUGUGUCUUUCUUUCCACUUAAUCGACAAAUCCUGUUAUUUUCUGCUACUUUUCCCUGCUCAGUGAAAGAAUUUAUGGGAAGCAUAUUGAAGAAGCCAUAUGAGAUAAAUUUGAUGGAUGAGCUAACUCUGAAAGGAGUCACUCAAUAUUACGCUUUUCUUGAAGAAAAAAAACAAGGUCAUUGUUUGAACACCUUGUUUUCCAAGGUACAUGUCAAUCAGUCAAUAAUAUUUUGCAACUCUACUCAUCGUGAAUUACUGGCAAAGAAAAUCACUGAACUUGGAUACUCAUGCUUCUAUAUUCAUGCCAGGAUGAAGCAGGAUUAUCGCAAUCGCGUUUUCCAUGACUUUCGACAAGGCCUCUGCAGAAAUCUUGUUUGUAGUGAUCUUUUCACAAGAGGAAUUGACAUACAAGCUGUUAAUGUUGUGAUCAACUUUGAUUUUCCAAAAAUGUCAGAGACUUAUCUACAUCGCAUUGGACGAUCAGGACGAUAUGGCCACCUUGGGCUUGCGAUCAAUCUCAUAACUUACCAGGAUCGUUUCAGUUUGAAGGCAAUUGAGGAUGAAUUGCAUACUGAUAUAAAACCCAUUCCUCCUGUCAUCGACAAAUCACUUUACGUUGCCGAAUUCUCUCAGGAAGAAAACGAUGACAGCAAAAAAUCUUAAAUUAAGUAUCGUGUAUUCCUAAAAUACCUGAGAGUAGCGUAUUUGUUCAAAUAUCUGCCAAAAUAAGGUCAAAGGAAUGCCCCAAAUUCAUCAUUUUUCUCUCACAAGUCCGAUGCCGAACCAAGAUCAUUAAAUUGUGAUUACAGUAGUAUUGACUAUGAUUGCUGGGAGUACUUAUGCCGAAAUAAUAUCAGCUGAAACGAUAUUCAAAACUUUUGCUAUUUUAUUAUCCACUCCACUCUAAGAAAAGAGUUAUUGUAAUCUGUUUGAGUUGAUUCUGUCGUUUUGCAACUGCAUAAUAAUUUUGUUGCCCCAGUUAAAAAAAUAUAGCAAAAAUUGUCCAGGGCGCCUUUUAGUUUUAUCUUAAAUUGCCCCCAUGCCAAGCUGGUUAUUUAAAAAGGAAAUAUCAACAUUGCUAUGGAGUUUGGAUAUUGCUCCUUGACAAAAAUGAUCAAAUUAUUCAGUUUCAAGCUAUUCUUCUGAGGGGCUGACUUUGACCUUCAUUCUACACUUUUUUAUUGUAUUGAAUUUAACUUUUAUUGUAAAAAUUGUCUUUUGUUUUUUCAUUUGAGAUAAUAUCAUUGUCUCUCGAUUUACAGUACAUUAGUCUUAUGAUUUAAAUACUUCUCAUUAAUUCAAUUUUGGUCACAGUCGGAUCAUAACUAACUGACCCACUUCUCUGAUUCUAUUAAAAGCAACUGUUUCAUACAAGCCACAUCAGGUUUCGAGCAAUUUCGUAUGCAAUAAACAUUACGAAGCGAUAUACCCAUUUAAAUAAUGUAUUUUAUCAACAUUCAACAAACCACAUGUCUGUUGUUUCUUAAAGUAGCAUUUUUGGCAUGUUCAAUUUGAGCUGCUGCUUUGUAAAUGGUUUUACCAUCGACUCAUUCUGUCAAUAUUUACUGACUCCUAUGUUGCGAUGCAAAUUUCAACAAUUAUUCAUUUCUGAAGUUAACAAUUCAAAUUGAAACCAUGAUGCCCCCAAAAUUGCUCCUUUUUUAUCAGUUUUCAAACAACAUUAUUGCAUAUUGACUUGAAUAUAAUUUCUAGGAUUUUGUUUAUACCAUUGCAUGUGAAAGUGUAUUUUCAUUACCACAUGUGUGGCUGGCCACAAAGUCUAA